GCGCCGCCUGUCUCUAUUGGGCCUCUGACACCAACCGGUUCUGACAGCCUACGUAUUCCAUGUGGGUCUAUCUCUUACUACCUUUCCCUAACACCAAAUCAGGUUUUAGUCACUCCCCUGAGCCUUUUUAAUCGGGACCCUGUACGCUUUAAGCAGACUCCCUCUCGUCUGUCUUAUGUCUCCGCAUAUAUCUUAUAUAUCUUUCAUAGACACCCUUCUAGACCACUCAGGCUGAUAUUUCCGUUGCUUUUACCUUUCCGUUCGUCUGGUACCGGGCUUAAUAUACGUCGUAUCUCCCCAUCAGUAUCGAACCGGCUCAGUUCCCUACUUCACUUCUAGCUUGGUCUUCAACUCGUACCAUUGUAAGCUCUGUGUUACCGCAUAUGAGAGCUAUCAUACAUACCUCCAUUUUAUAAUACUACCCUUAUUGCACCUAUCCUCGUGUUGUUUCCAAAUUCUGUCACACUCUCGUUCCACCUCAAAACCAAAUUCCUGGCCAGGAAACUACCCGCUUAUUCCGACAUCGAUACAUAUCGGCACCGCGAUGGCCUCCACCAAAGCUCGCCAACCUCGGCUCCGAGCUUCAUGCGAUGGAUGUUUUUUGGCGAAGGUCAAGUGCUCUAAGGCUCGGCCCAUAUGUUCCCGUUGCCUAGCAUGUGGUAUCGAGUGUCGGUACUCGCCUUCGAGCCGGGCAGGCAAGCCUAAGUCUGAGCAUAGCGGAGGCGCCCAUGCGAAUGCCCCUCAGGACAUGCAGCAAAUGCAUCACAGUCUAAUAGAAGACAAGAACAUGUCAUAUUCUACAGCACAUCAAAUUCCAUCUGAACAUAUUUUCAGUUUCGAGCCGGGAUGGACCACACCGCCUACCAGUGUUGAUGGUAAUAUCAGUCGAAAUCCUUCAAUAUCAGCAGGUCUUUCUUUACUCGGAGUCGAAGACGGAACCAUGGGUGAGCAGGACCCAAUGUCAGCUCCGCCUGAAAUGUAUUCAUCCGCAAUGCCUUGGACUCCACCUACAGACCUUUCGUGCGCUACUUUCAGCGAUAUUCCCGUCACUGGCCCUAUGGCCGGUACUCAGAUGCGAUCUCAGUCGUUCGAUUUAUCUAUGUCAACGCCGAUAGCGUGGACCGAUCCAGUCACACAAGAUAUGAUCUCAUACAACCAGGUGCAGACUCCGACGAGCAUGUCUUCUAAUUAUUUCCCCAGUCCAACAACAACACCCACGAUGAGACCAGUUGAUCCACGUCAUAGAUCACCGUCGUCCACCAUGAACGGAGGUUCCUGCACCUGCUUUACAGCCUGCCUACAAUCACUUCAAGCAUUGCAUAACGCUUCUGCUCCGGCAGUGCCACCCUUUGACUUUAUCCUGUCUCUUAAUCGAAGAGCUGUCGAAGGAUGCGCGGCCAUGCUAUCUUGCAACAAAUGCAUGAGUCGAUCCGGUACACACACCGCUACCAUGCUGCUUGUUACCGUGAUUAGUAAAAUCACGUCAUUCUAUAAGACUGCUUCUAACUUGUAUUUCGAUGCUAGCAGCAUGGGUAUGACCCAGAACAACUUAGGAAAUAAUGUGGGAGUCAGCUUUGGCGUGUAUCAGCUCAAUGGCGAGGAUGGAAAGUGGCUCGAGCUUGAAAUACUAGCUAGGGAGCUCCGCAAAUUGGAGGAGGUCUACUCCAGAUUCCGAGACGUGGUCUAUACUGAUUAUUCCGACAUCCCCGAAGUUACCAAGGCUAUGAUCGGUUAUCUCGGCCAGAACCUUGGCUCUACACUCGAAGUUAUCAGUCAUAGAAAGGGCGAUAUGCCCUUUAUUGCCUAAAGCUAUAAGUUUUCGGCUUAAAAUACGUUCUAGCACCAUUACCACUAGCGCAAACGCGGCAUCACAGCGCAUGUUAUCAAACGAUAUUACGAUGUAACGCAGAAGAGGCCAAGACGACACACGCAGUGAGAUAAACGUUUCCAGAUCAGCUAAUUUUAAUGACGUCCUCGAUUCUCUUGUCAUCUAUUGCAUUUUUAUUUAUAUAUUCGAUAGUA